AUGGCGCUGUUCAAAAAGUUCUUCUACCGGAAGCCGCCGGAUCGACUCCUUGAGAUCUCCGAGAGGGUCUUUGUAUUUGACUGUUGCUUCUCGGCGGAUGUGUUGGAAGAAGAAGCAUACAGAGAUUAUAUAGGGAAUAUAGUAGCACAGCUAAAAAAUCAAUACUAUACAGAUGCUUCAAUCAUGGUAUUCAAUUUCAGAGAACGGGAAACGCGGAGCCAGAUGUCAGAUGUGUUGGCACAAUUUGAGAUGUUGACGGUUAUGGAGUACCCUCGGCAAUAUGCGGGUUGUCCGUUACUCCCUCUGGAGAUUGUGCACCAUUUCUUCCGAUCAAGUGAAAGCUGGUUGUCUGUGGAGGGGCAGCAAAACGUGGUGUUAUUGCAUUGCGAAAGGGGGGGUUGGCUUGUCUUGGCGUUCAUGCUAGCAGGUUUUCUUUUGUACAGGAAGCAGUAUACAGGGGAGUUGAAGACUCUUGAAAUGUUGUACAAGCAAGCAUCUAGAGAAGUCUUGCGACUGUUUUCUCCUUUGAAUCCCCAACCUUCUCAGUUGAGAUAUCUCCAGUAUGUUUCCAGAAGACAUUUGGGUUCUGAGUGGCCUCCACAAGAAACACCCUUGCUUUUGGAUUAUUUGAUCCUCAGAAACCUUCCAUUGUUUGAUGGUGGAGAAGGUUGCAGGCCUAUUGUUCGUGUCUAUGGUCCAGACCCUACAAGACCUGACAAUAGUAGCUCUCAAAUUCUUUUCCUAACUCCAGGUUCCCUCGUUCAACACUACCCGCAGGCAGAAUGUACGCUCGUGAAAAUUGAUAUCCAUUGUCGUGUUCAAGGGGAUAUUGUUCUUGAAUGCAUACAUUUGAGUGAAGAUUUAGUUGGGGAGGAAAUGAUGUUUAGAAUAAUGUUUCAUACUGCAUUUGUUCGCUCAAACACAUUGAUCUUGAGUCGUGACGAUAUUGAUGUUGUGUGGGAUUCAAAGGAGCAGUUCCCCAAGGACUUUAAAGCAGAGGUGCUUUUCUUGGACGCUUAUGCUCUUGUACAUAAUCUAUCCCCAAUCAACGUAAGCCGAGAUGUAAAUGACAGUGAGAGUGAUUCACCGGAUGAGUUUUAUGAAGUGGAAGAGAUCUUUAUGAAUGCAAUUGAUGCACUUGAAGGUAGAGGAGAAUUUGGCUCUCCUAUGAUCCGUGAUGAUAGAAGUCAUAUAGACAUUUGGAAAGAUUCUUCAGAUCCUCAAGCCUCUACUUCAGAUGAUGGGAGUCACCAACAUAUGGUCCGUGAUGAUAGAAGUCAUCUAGAUAUUGAUCCUCAAGCCUUUACUUCAGAUGAUGGGAGUCACCAACAUAUGGUCCAUGAUAAUAGAAGUCAUAUAGACAUUUGGAAAGAUUCUUCAGAUCCUCAAGCUUCUACUUCAAAUGAUGGGAGUCACCAACAUAUGGUCCGUGAUGAUAGAAAUCAUAUAGAUAUUGAUCCUCAAGCCUUUACUUCAGAUGAUGGGAGUCACCAACUUAUGGUCCGUGAUGAUAGAAGUCAUAUAGACAUUUGGAAAGAUUCUUCAGAUCCUCAAGCCUCUACUUCAGAUGAUGGGAGUCACCAACAGGAGGUUGAAAGGGUAGAAUUCGAUAUUAAUACAGUUAAAGACAUUGUUGUUGCCUCUACUUCAGAUGAUGGGAGUCACCAACAGGAGGUUGAAAGGGUAGAAUUCAGUAUUAAUACAGUUAAAGAUAUUGCUAUUGAUGAUGUUAAAUACAAGUUUCAAGAGAUAGCAGAUUUGGAUCCUCAUGAGAUUAAAGAUAUUAUUGUUGAUGAGGUGGAGAUUAAGUCGAAUUCAAUUGCAGACAAGAUGGAUUUGGAAGAUGAGAUAACAAUUAUAAACAAGAAUUUUGAUGAAAGGGAAGAAAAGCAUGAUCUUUCUAUGUCACAUUCUGAUCAUAAACUACAUUCAUCUACUGAAAAGAAGCAUCAUUCUCCCAAGUUAAAGAUUAAACAUCAUGAACAACAUAGUCACGAACAACAUGGUGCUGAGACAAAACAUCGCCACGAACAACAUGGUGCCGAGGCAAAGCAUAAACACGAACAUAGUGUUGAGGCAAAGCAUAACCACGAACAACAUGGUGUUGAGGCAAAGCAUCAGCACGAACAACAGGGUGUUGAGGGAAGACGACAUCAUCAGGAACAUAAUGAACAUCAUGGUCACGAGGGAAAGCAUGCAAAGGCAAGUGUAGCAGCUAAGUGGAUUCCAAGUAACAAGGGUUCUUACCAGGAUUCAAUGCAUGUAUAUUAUCCAGCGUCAAGCCCCCAUUACGUACCAACGAGUCCUCGAGGAAGGUCUCAUAGUAUUUCCCAUCUUUCUGAGUUGAAAAGUCCUAAAGCGAGGAGCACUUCAAAAUCUUUAGAACAUAUAGAACUUGAUACUACCUCUCCAUCAUCAUCCUCACCUUCCACUCAAGAACCACACCUUAAUUCAAAUCCAAUACUUCUGCCAGUACCUCCUCCACCCCCACCCCCACCCCCAUCUAGUAGACUACCUACAACUCCUCCUCCUCCUCCCCCUCCGCCUCCACCUCCACCCCCACCCCCACCUCCAUCUAGUAGACUACCUACGACUCCUCCUCCCCCUCGGCCUCCACCCCCACCCCCACCCCCACCCCCACCCCCACCUCCAUCUAGUAGACUACCUACAACUCCUCCUCCUCCUCCCCCUCGGCCUCCACCCCCACCCCCUUCAAUAUCAUCUUUUGACCAUAGAGACCAGUUUGUUUAUCCAUCUGUAUCUGUAGUUGGGGAAUUAUCAAAUGUAGUCUCCCUUUCUAAUUCACCACCACCAUCAUUAACACCACCACCCCCUCCACCUCCACCUCCACCACUACCACCACCACUUUUUUCAAAAUAUGGAGUUCCAACAAUUCCUCCACCUUCCCCUCUCUAUAUUCCCUUUACACAAGAAGAUCCUAGACAUCUUCUCUUGCCGACCUCCACUACAUCAUUUCAAGUUCCACCACCACCACCUUUACCACCAUCAUCCUUGACUUUACCAUCCUUCACUAAUGUAGAUAGUAAUCCACCACCACCCUCUCUUUUACCUGAAUGUCUACCAACACAACCUCCAUCUCCCUUGAUUACAUGUCCACCACCGCCACCGCCACCACCACCGCCACGGCCUCUACCCCCACCCAUUUCAAGUAAGGCUUCACCGCCACCACUACAUUCUUCUCCAUUAAAUGAAUUACUUGAAACACCACCACCACUAUUUCCUUCAUCAAGUGGAGCACCACCUAUACCACAACCUCCUCCACCAACACCAGCACUUCCUUCAUCAAGUGGAGAACCACCUGCUCCUCCAUCAAAUGCACCACUAUCAACACCACCAUCACUACUUGCUUCAUCAAGUGGUGCACCACCUAUACUACCACCAGCUCUUCCUCUAUCACACGAAGCAGCAGCACCACCACCAUCACUUCCUUCGUUAAGUGUAGCACUACAAAUGCCACUACCUCGCCCUCCUCCACCAAUUUAUAGAAAUCAACCUCCUCCACCUCCUCCAAUGAAUGAAUCACCCUCUCCUCCACCCACUCCUCCGCCUACUCCUCCGCAACCUCCAAUGCAUGCUAUAUCCCCUCUGACAAUGCAUGCAGCACUAUCUCCUCCCCCACCUUCUCCGCCACCUAGUGCUCCUCCCUCACCUCCAAAGCCUGCAGCACUACCUCCUCCUCCACCUUCCACGCAUGCAGCACCAUCACCUUCGUCAGCUCCGAAUCAUACAACACCACCUCCAAUGCAUUCAGCACCACCACCUCCGCCACCUCCUCCCCCACCCCCAAUGCAUUCGGCACCACCACCUCUGCCACCUCCAACGCAUGCAGCAUCACCUCCUCCCCCACCCUCAAUGCAUUCGGCACCACCACCACCACCUCCGCCACCUCCGAUGCAUGCAGCACCACCUCCUCCUCCGCCACCUCCGCCGUCUACAAUGCAUGCAGCGUCACCUCAGAUGCAUGGAGCAACACCUCCUCCACCACCUCCGCCGCCGCCGCCGCCGGUGCAUGCCGCGCCAUCUCGGGUAAAUGCAGCACCACCUCCUCCUCCGCCACCUCCGCCGUCUACAAUGCAUGCGGCGUCACCUCAGAUGCAUGGAGUAACACCUCCUCCACCACCUCCGCCGCCGCCGGUGCAUGCCGCGCCACCUCGGGUAAAUGCAGCACCACCUCCUCCUCCGCCACCUCCGCCGUCUACAAUGCAUGCGGCGUCACCUCAGAUGCAUGGAGCAACACCUCCUCCACCACCUCCGCCUCCGCCGCCGGUGCAUGCCGCUCCAGCACGGGUAAGUGCAGCACCACCUCCUCCUCCGCCACCUCCGCCGUCUACAAUGCAUGCGGCGUCACCUCAGAUGCAUGGAGCAACACCUCCUCCACCACCUCCGCCGGUGCAUGCCGCGCCACCUCGGGUAAGUGCAGCACCACCUCCUCCUCCGCCACCUCCGCCGUCUACAAUGCAUGCGGCGUCACCUCAGAUGCAUGGAGCAACACCUCCUCCACCACCUCCGCCGCCGCCGCCGGUGCAUGCCGCGCCACCUCGGGUAAAUGCAGCACCACCUCCUCCGCCACCUCCUCCACUUCCAAUGUCAGGAGCGCCACCACCUCCACCACUUCCAGAAGGCCGUGGCCCACCUCCGCCACCUCCAAUGCCCAGAGCACCACCGCCACCUCCAAUGCCCGGAGCGCCACCACCUCCACCACUUCCAGGAGUCCGCGGCCCACCUCCGCCACCUCCAUUUCCCGGAGCACCACCGCCACCUCAGAUGCCCGGAGCGCCACCUCCUCCACCUCGAAUGCCCGGAGCGCCUCCACCUCCUCCAAUGCCUGGAGCACCUCAGCCACCUCCACCUCCAGAUGGAGGUCGAGGACCAGGCCCUCCUCCGCCUCCUCCUCCUGGAAGUCGAGGACCAGGCCCACCUCCGCCUCCUGCUCCUGGACGUGGUGGCCCAGGCCCACCUCCGCCUCCUGGUAGUCUUCCAGGUGGUGGACCUCCACCGCCUCCCAUGGGAAGAGGUGGUGGAGCUGCUAGAGGGCGUGGGCUCACACGUACUACAGCGAUGCCUCGACGAUCCCCUUUUAAGCCUUUGCAUUGGAGUAAAGUUAGCAGGGCAAUGCAAGGGAGCUUAUGGGAAGAAUUGCAAAGAAGUGCGGAACUUCAAACUGCACAAGAGUUUGACGUUUCAGAGCUGGAGAAGCUUUUUUCUGCAAGUGCUCCAAAAGCUGCUGAUAAAUCUGCCAAAUCCAAAGCUGCUGCACCCAAAACUGAUAAAGUCCAGUUGAUCGAUUUACGAAGGGCCUAUAAUACUGAAAUUAUGCUCACAAAGGUUAAGAUGCCACUUCCUGACAUGAUGGCAGCAGUGCUAGCCAUGGAUGAGACGGUGUUAGAUGGUGAUCAGGUGGAAAAUCUCAUCAAAUUUUGUCCUACUAAAGAGGAGAUGGAAACUUUGAAGGGAUACACUGGUGACCCGGAGGCUUUAGGAAAAUGUGAACAGUAUUUUAUGGAGCUGAUGAAAGUGCCAAGAGUGGAGGCAAAAUUAAGAGUGUUCUCUUUCAAGAUUCAGUUUGGGACUCAGGCUGAAGACUUCAAGAGGAGUUUAAACACUGUGAACUCUGCCUGUGAUGAGGUCCGAAAUUCAGUUAAACUGAAGGAGAUUAUGAAGAAAAUUCUUUAUUUGGGUAACACAUUGAAUGAAGGCACUGCAAGGGGAGCUGCAGUUGGGUUCAAGUUGGAUAGUCUCUUAAAGCUUACUGACACUCGGGCUACUACGGGUAAAAUGACACUCAUGCAUUAUCUUUGCAAGGUCCUGGCUGAAAAGUCUCCAUCACUCCUUGAUUUUCACCUUGACCUAGUUAACCUGGAAGCAGCCACUAAGAUACAAUUGAAGAUGUUAGCAGAAGAAAUGCAGGCACUCAUCAAGGGAUUAGAAAAGCUUAAACAGGAGCUUGCUGCAUCUGAAACUGAUGGCCCCGUGUCUGAUGUUUUCCGUAAGACACUUAAAGAAUUCCUUUCUAUAGCGGAGUCGGAGGUGGAAUCUGUAACAAACCUAUAUUCUUCAGCGGGUAGAAAUGCAGAUGCACUUGCACUAUAUUUUGGUGAGGAUCCAGCUCGCUGUCCAUUUGAGCAAGUUACUGCUACUCUCUUGAAUUUUACAAGACUGUUCCGAAAAUCACAUGAUGAAAAUGUCAAACAAGCGGAGGCAGAUAAGAAGAAAGCGGAGAAAGAGGCUGAAAUGGAGAGGGAGAAGGCUAAAGCCGGGACGCCAAGAAAGGGAGACGGCCAGACACCGAGGAAGUUUGAUAGAGACAUGGAUGGCCAGACGCCAAGGAAGUCUGACAUGGAUGGCCAGACACCGAGGAAGUUUGACAUGGAUGGCGAGACACCGAGGAAGUUCGAUAGAGAGAUAGAUGCGGAGACACCAAGAAAGGGUGACAAAGAGAUGGAAGAAAGCUGAGAAAGCAAAGGAGAAGAAAGUAUCCUCCCUUUUCCAAGAUGGACAAGUCUAUUUGGCCUCUUAAGGCUGGCGAAAUAGCUAGCCACUUUGAGAGCUUCUGAGAUGAUUCUCUGAUGGCAUGUUGUUGAAUCAGAAUUCCAUUGAUCAUCAUCAUCUAUGGCUCCACACUCUGGUGAUCAGCGCGGGUUCUUCAGAUGCUAAUGAAUAUGAUGGACGGAUGUAAGAAGAAGAAAUCGGCUUCCGCGUUCAUCUUUCCUGCACCAGAGCCUCAUGCCUUGGGAUUGUGAAGCACCAAAGUCCAUCUCAUCAGUGGUACCAUGAAACCUUGUACAAAGUUG